AUGCAGGACGUCGACAUCGACAGGUUGUUUUGCUUUGAAGACGUCCCAGAACUGCCAGAGGGCCUGGAAGAGCCCGCCAUGCGCGACGAGUUCUACAGCGAGUACAGGCAGAAAGUAGGCGGAAAGCGAAAUCCACAAAUGUUCCAGGUGGCGAACUGGGCCUCCCGCGUCUGCUGUGACAGCGCUGGCGACCGGCAGGGCUCCCUGGGCGGCCUGACAGCAUGGAUCAGGCGGGCGUGUUUCUCGGGACUCUCGGCGAAGACGCUCGAGAAGCCCAUGGUUGUAACGCGCGGCCUGCGCGGCCUGCCCAGCUCCUUAGUCGAUGGCUUCAGGGCCAAGGCCGCUGGCGACCGUUUCUUCCGGGCGGCGCCCUCCAGCGCGACAGUCGACGCCUCGAUCUCCGAGGCGUGCUGCAACCGGCAGGCGCCCAAGAAAAAUAACGUGCUCUUCACCGUAUCCGGCGUCACCCACGCCUUCCCGAUGAUGGAGCUGAGCGCGUAUCCCGGGGAGCGCGAGUGGCUUCUACCUCCGUUCACCGCGCUGGUUGUGGAGCGCGUGGUGGGCGGAGCCCCGCUGCAGCUGCGCUGCAAGUUCGGAGGCUGCAUGCUCACCUCUGCCUUCCGCGAGGAGGUGCGGGGCGACUUUAAGGCCGCCUCAAGGCGGCUGAGCAUGCGGCACGCGGAGUCGCAGCGGGAUGCAGCGGAGAUGCGCGAAGACCUGGCCAAUUUGUUGGAGUUGGCGAAGUCGACUCGGGCGAAGACCCGAAUGCGAAUCGAGAGUAAAUUGCAAGAACCGCGUCCGGAGGAGUAUCUCCACAUCAUCAGGAAGUGGGAGGAGAAGGAGCGCCUCCUCACGGCGGAACUGGCCGAAGCUAAGGAGUGGGCGAAGUGGUUUCGGGAGAAGAAGCUGGAUUCGGCCAGACUGCGCUUCCAGCAAAUAGCGCGUCAAUGGCAGAUACCACCAGGGACGGGUAUGAGGGCAGAGUAUGAGUCGUCAAUUGAGUCGUUAAAGCGUCAAUUGGACAUACCUGAUAGUCUGAGGGGAGAGUAUGAGUCGUUAGAGAGGAGGAUCCAUCGCCUCGAGACGGUGACCGGGGACGGGGGGCACGGCACUUGGUUCAACGCGUGA